GUGGUGAGUCAGUGUCACGGGAAGCAGCGUAGGGCCCUCACAAGUGUGUGUGAGUGGCGGUGCAGGCACUCAUCACCGACGCACUCACUCACUCACUCAUUCACUGAGCGUCCCAGCAACAACAAACAUGGCUGCUCUGCGUCUCAGGGCAGCCUUCUUCCUGCUGGUGGUGGUGGUGCUUGAAGUGUGUGUGUGUGAGAGGCAUGGCUCGCCCGCUACCUUCAUCACCGUGGCCAGAGACAAGAGGUCCGGCCCCAUAACUGUCACUGCUGCUGCUGGGCCACACCAGGGCACCGCUGGGCCACACCAGGGCCACCCUGGCCCACACAGGGCCAGACGUAGCGUAGAGAACCCCCCUCUUCUGCCACAGGUCGAAGCAUUUGCUCUGAAUGACAGUCACCAUCAGGUGAUGAUAGACUGGGCUGGAGAAGGAAGUGAUGUGGUCGUGUGUGUUACGCGAGAUGCUGUUCAAAACAAGACCUCGGUCUCCAAUGUUUUUAUCUCGUAUGAUUAUGGAAGUUCCUUCAAGAAUGAAACGAGCAAAUUCAUUACAUCUGGUGGAAAACCAGCUACUAUCAACAAAUUUUACAAAAAUGACAAAUACACAUCCAGGUUUGUGUUCACCGAUGUCAUCAAUAAGUACAUGUACCUAACUCACAACAAUGGUAUAAAUGUGACCUCUCGCAAAGUUAAAUUUACUCCGUCUGAUGUUACUCAUCAUCCAGUCGAUGCUGAUGUUUUAUUAGUCUAUGAUACAAAAGAUGGAGAGCGCAAGCUGUGGAUUAGUGAAGAUUUUGGAGAAAAUUGGAGGAUUAUUGAAAGGUUUGUCAAGUCAUAUUUCUGGUCCGAAGCCACCUCGCCACCAACUCUAUAUGUUGAGAGAGAAGAACCAUCGGGAUCAGCAUCAGUUGUUUCUUCUCAAUACCUUUUCAGUGAAUCGUCAGUGCCAAUAACGGUCAUAACAGAUGUAGAAGAUUUUGAGGCGAAAGAUGAAUUCCUCUUUGCUGUGAAGAAAGUGCAUCUUCUGGGAUCACCAUCCAGAGAGUCUACCCUUCAAAUGUGGGUAUCUUACCAAGGAGGACCAUUUCUGAGAGCUGAGUUUCCAAAUGGCUUUGAUCAUAUACACUACUAUGUUGCUGACAUCUCUGAAGGACGGGUGAUGGUAUGUGUUGCCCAUGAUGGGUUCAUUUCCAACUUGUACGUGUCAUCAGUUCCAAGAUCAGCUCAUCACGAAGUACAGUUCUCUCUCUCCCUUGAACGCAUCGUAUUCUUCAACCCCUCCACUAACUGGGUUGACACUUGGCUGAGUGCCGUAGUAGAUAAGGCAUUUGCUGACCUGCACCGAAUUGAGGGCGUACGUGGGGUAUUCAUUGCAUCUCAACUCGCCGCCAAUUUCAAUGCAAGCCAUAGUAAGCUGGGACCUGAACAUGUGCUCUCCUAUGUCACAUUUGACCAAGGUGCUCAGUGGAAACCUCUUCAACCACCAAGGAAAGAUCUUGAGGGUAAUCCUUUUGACUGUGAAAGGGCUACAGGUUGCUCUUUACAAGUAAGCCAAGAGCUAAGUCAUCUUUAUCCUGCAGCCCAUACCAUGCCUAUACUUAGUAAAGCAAGUGCUCCAGGUCUCAUUUUGGCCACAGGUACAAUUGGAAAAUCCCUUAAGGGUCACACUUCACUCUUCGUUUCCACUGAUGCUGGGAUAAACUGGUAUCAGGUACUAUAUGGCAACUACAUGUAUACCUUUGGCGAUCAUGGAGGAAUUAUCGUAGCUGUACAACUUUAUCGAGUAGAUGGUGAGACGAAUGAGAUCCAGUAUUCAACGAAUGAGGGGGAGACAUGGCUUACGUAUACAUUCUACUCAGAGAAACUUCGCAUAUAUGGCUUGAUGACUGAACCAGGUGAAAACACCACAAUAUUUACUCUGUUUGGCUCAAAGCCAGACAUGCAUCAGUGGAUCAUUGUUAAGGUGGAUAUGAAGUCAGUUUUUGAAAGCAAAUGUACUAUGGAUGAUUACAAAACAUGGUCUCCAUCUGAUGGUCGUAGUGGACGCAUGUGUUUACUUGGACGCAAGCAGGUUUAUGAACGUCGUGCCCCUCACAAGAAUUGCUUCAACGGAAUAAAUUACGAUAGACCAAUCUUGGUUGAGAACUGUCCCUGUGAUCGUGAAGAUUUUGAGUGUGACUUUGGUUUUGCUGAUAACAUGACAUCGCACGAGUGCAUAAAAGAUAAAGAGGACAGAGUUGACCCAUAUGCCGUCCCAAACACUUGCAAACCUGGACAUUUCUACAAUAGGACAAAAGGCUACCGACGAAUUCCUGGAGAUACUUGCGAAGGAGGACGGGAAUAUCAGUACGAACCUUCAAUAACUGCUUGUCCUGUCACUGAAGUACAAGAGUUCCUGCUUGUGUCAGCACGUCAAGAGAUCCUACGAUAUGAUCUUCUCAACCCAGAGGGUGGACUCGAGCCUCUGCCCAUACCGAACUUGAAGAUGGUUAUUGCUCUUGACUUUGACAUGGCUGCUAAUUGCAUAUACUGGUCAGAUGUCGAAGAGAAGAAAAUAAACCGUCUUUGUUUUGACGGAGAGCAUGAUGUGGAAACCCUGGUAGAUAGGAAUACUCAAAGUGUUGAAGGACUUGCUUUUGAUUGGAUUUCUAAGAAUCUCUACUUUGUUGAUGGGGAAUUAAAGACAGUCGAGGUAAUUCGUACAGAUAUUUCACACUCUGGACGUAUGCGACGAAUGCUUCUCAAUAGCAGCAACUUGGAUAAUCCUCGGGGCAUUGCUGUUCAUCCUGUUAGAGGAUACCUCUAUAUAACAGACUGGUCAGAGUCUUCACCCAAAGUGGCCAGAGCUUUCUUGGAUGGAACCAAUUUUACGGUUUUGUUUGGUGUCAGUACCGUUGGUUGGCCAAAUGGCAUUGCUAUCGACUUCCAGACGGAUCGGAUUUUCUUUGCAGACGCACGCCGAGACUAUAUUGCAUCAGCAGACCUCGAUGGACGAAAUAUGAAGACUAUUAUAUCACAUAGUGAGAAGGUGAUGCAGCCAUUUGCUUUGGGUAUAUACAAGUCGACUGUCUUCUGGGAUGAUUGGACGGUGUACCAGGUACUUCAGGCUGACAAAGAACACGGAUGGGGUAUAGCUCCAAUUGCAAACAUUACACGCAAAGGACUUGUUGACCUGAAGGUGUUUGGUUUCUUGUCUCAACAGGGCACCAAUAGCUGUGGGAACCAGACAACCAGCUGCACGCACCUCUGCAUGGGUCGUCCCAAUAACCAGUUUGCGUGCCUCUGCCCAGACGGUAUGAAGCGGCAGGCAUCAAACAUUCAAUACAGUGAGGAGUGCCAAUGCCCAGAUGGAUCACCUAUUCAAGAAAAUGGAACAUGCAGACCUAUUAAUAAUAGCACUUGUCCUGAAAAUUUCUUCAUGUGUAAAAAUCGAAAAUGCAUCCCCAAGCAGUGGCUCUGUGAUAAAGAUGACGACUGUGGAGAUUUUUCCGAUGAGGGGUCACCUGAAUGUGAAGAAAAGUCGUGUGACCCACUCUCUUGGAAGUGCCUCAAUGGUCACUGCAUUGCUCCAAGCUGGCGCUGUGAUCAUGACGACGACUGCGGUGAUAACUCGGAUGAACAGGAAUGUCAAUAUGAUGAGUGCCCAAAAAGUACAUUCACGUGCGCAAACCGUCGUUGCAUUCAUCUCAACUGGCAGUGUGACAUGGAAGAUGAUUGCCGAGAUGGUAGUGAUGAGGUCAACUGUACUUCUACCAACAUAACUCAGUGCAAAGGUACAGAGUUUAAGUGCGCGUUUGAUGGGCGAUGCCUGCCUAGCUCCUGGCGUUGUGAUGGUGAUUCCGACUGUCCUGAUAACUCUGAUGAACAAAAUUGCGAGAGCCAUACAUGUGAAGUUUGGCAAUUCCAGUGCCACAACAAGCAGUGUAUUUUUAGCUCGUGGCGUUGUGAUGGAGAAGCAGAUUGUAGUGAUGAAUCUGAUGAAGUUGGUUGUGACAAUGUUACUACCACAACACCACAGUCCUCCAUUCCUCUUGGGCCACUACUCCCGCCUACAAAUCUAAAUUGUACUGAAUUUAUGUUCCGGUGUACGAACAAAAUCUGCAUUCCAUUCUGGUGGCGUUGUGAUGGAUUGGACGACUGUGGGGAUGCCUCUGAUGAAGAUGGGUGUAGCCAGUCAGGGGCGCGCGCCAACACCACCACCACGGUAGCCCCGACCACACCUGUUCUGCAAUCUUGCCAGAAGGACCAGUUUCAGUGUACCACAGGGUCGUGUAUAUGGGAAACAUGGGUAUGUGACACAGACUUGGACUGUCCUGGUGGAGAAGAUGAAGAAAAUUGCCACCAGACUUCCACUUGUGUUGACUUAGAAGAGUUCCAGUGCAGACGUACUGGUGGAUGUAUUCCCAGCAAACGCCUUUGUGAUGGUCAGGAGGACUGUGCUGAUGGGUCUGACGAGGAAGGCUGUAGCACAACACUGACCCCAACAGCAAGAUGUCCAUAUGGAUUUUUCAUGUGUGAUGGAGGGGCUUGUGAGGAGCUAUUUAAGCAUUGUGAUGGCAACCACGAUUGUGUCGACCUCACUGAUGAACAGAACUGUUCUUCUAAUAAUGACAAGGCAUUCCUUGUGACUGGCUUCACUGUGGUUCAAGAAACAAAUACCUCAGUCAAAGUGAAGUGGGAAGUAAACAAUAGAGAAAAAGUUGAGCGUAGCUUGGAAUUCAUGCCGUCUCUUAUUGUGAAAGCUGCUCUUGGUAAUCCAUCUGCCUGGCAUAAUAUAUCUUGGACUUCAAAUACAUCAUAUGAGUUUGAUGGCCUUGAGCCAUACACAGCAUAUGUGCUCAAGGUGUAUGUUCGGGAAAAGAAUGGAUCCCAAAUUUUCCCUCCGAUAAAAUCCAGGAUUUUCCACACACAGGAAGCAAUUCCGAGUCCUCCGGAAGGUGUAAAAGUGGAACAGUUGAGGGAUAGAGUUAAAGUCAGCUGGAGUCCUCCUAUUCACCCCAAUGGACCAAUCAAGCAAUAUCGUGUAUAUGUUUCUCCCCCAAAUCCAGCUCGGGAAGUGAGGCUUCCAGGUGGUGUUAAUCAGCUUAUCAUUCAUUCAAAACUUAUUGAUUCCAACGUAAUCCGUGUUUGGGUGACUGUAACAAAUGAAGUAUUCACCAGUGAACCAAGUGAGACGAUAGAGUUUGUACGAGAACCUUUUGAGAAUGCAACGGUGCAAGUGUGUACUGUGAGCAGUACAACAACAAGUGCCAGCCUGACCUGGGACCCCGUGCCAGGAGUUGAUGGCUAUAUUAUCAGCCAUUCUCGGCCAGAAAAUGAGUACCUGUCGGGUAAAAUCACCAACAAAACCAGUGAUACUCGAAUUGAAAUAUCAGACCUGGCACCUGGAAAGCAUUAUGUGUUUGAGGUGAGAGCAUACAAAGGCCAGCUGCUUGGACCAGAGAAGACUAUGGAAGUGAUUACUCAAGGACAGCCAUUGGUGGCGGUAGAAUCAUUACAGGCUGUAGUGAUGAAGGAUGUAGGAACAACGGUCAAGCUGUCUUGGAGUGAGCCUCCUUACAAAACUAAAAAGAUUCCAUGGACAUACCGCAUUGUGUGGGGUAAGACAGCUAAUGAUCUCAAGCAUAGUGCCAAUGUUGCUACAAGUACCAAUACAACAUAUGUGAUCAGGGGACUGGAAGCAUGCGAGACCUAUCUGGUUGCUGUCAUGGUGGAAGGACCCAUCGGCAUCGGUCCAGUUAGUGAAAAACUGCUACAAACUGUUGCUGACCCACUGGCUCCACCAAAGAACCUGCACGCAAGACUAGAGAACAUGACCCUAGUAAUAACGUGGGAGCCAUCAUGUCCCCAGUCCGACAAUGACGACAUGCAGUAUUUGCUUAUCAUCACGGAUAUUAUUCGUAGAGAGACGUCAAAUUAUAUGCUAAAGAAGCAGGACAACCACACUCAGCGCCACUCUGUCCGUGCUCACUGGGGUGGCCUCUACUCCAUCAGCGUAUGCACAUCUUUGGCACGUGCACGCUUGAGCCGGCCAGUUAUUUGUCCUGGUCCUGUCAUCCCUCCACCUUAUGAUUUGACUUACAAUCCUAGUGAUGGAUCAUUCUUUUGGAGAAGAAAUCGCACUCUUUCACAUGACAUUUUAGCAAAAAACAUCAGCUAUGUUUUAUACAUUGCAAGGCACAGAAAUAUGAGUGACGCAAAAACCUACGAGUGCACUGCUCCUCCUUUGAUUGUAAAUGACCUGUCAUUAGGAGUCAUUUAUUACGCUGCUGUUGCUCUCAAGGAUGCUGAUGGUUAUCUUUCAGAACACUCUCAAUUCAUACGAGUUGAGAAACCCCUGGGUGAUGAAGUAGUGUUGUCACAGAAGAGUAUAGCAGGGGUUGGCGUGUCAGUGUUCCUAGUAGUGGGGGCCUUAAUUGUGGUUGUAGCGGUAUUGGCGGUGAGGCAUAGACGACUGGCACGCUCGUUCCUCACCUUUGCCAACACCCACUAUGACCGUUCACAAGGCACCACACUAAUUACAACAGAUCACAAUUUGGAUGAAGAUGAUGACUCCCCCAUGAUUCGUGGAUUUUCCGAUGAUGAGCCACUAGUGAUCGCCUGAUGUCUGUCUAGUGUGGCCUGCUUCUCCACCUCUGACCCUUUACUGCAAAGACCACAGCUCUUAUAGAGAUGGUUUAAACAUCUAGCAGACUAUAGUGGAUAUUAUGCUUAUUUAGGUUUAUAUUACCCUUUUUAUCUCUUACUUUAGUGAGGCAACGAGACACGAGUGUGAAGGAGGAAGGGAGUAAGAGGGUACAAGGUGGAGGAAUACAGAAAGUUAUUUGAGGAUUUGAAUAAAUAGAAGGGGAUUCUGCACGUAUCGGCUUGCUGGAUAGUGAAGAAAUUGUGCUGUAUUUAGGUAGGUAAAAGUUAUUCAUUAAAUAUAGAAUGAGGAAUAAGGAUGAAAGUGAUUUAUGGCCUGUAUUUUGUAUUAAUAUUUUAUGUUUGUAUAUAACCAAGUACAUGUGACUUGAGGUGUUAAGAUGUAGGAGAGUUCAAGAGGAUAACAAAUGUUGUCUUUAUUUCUAAGAGUUGAUUGUAACUCUUCCAGGAGGUUUUAGGAGAGCUUCAGUGUUAUUAGAUGAUAGGUAAUACUUGGAAAACACACGUGUAAAAAAACAAACGGUAUAUUGUUAUACUGUAUAUAUAUUUUUUAAGAAUCUAAGACACAUUAUUGUAAUGCAUUCCCUAUUGUAUUUUGAUCUUUUUGGGCAUUUUGUCAUCUGUUUACUUUUUAUUUUUUUAUUUUUAAUACAUUGUCUUUUAAACAUAACAUUAAAAAGUAAUAAACACUUGUUAGCCUUAUACUGUGUAAGAAUCAUGCAUGCCAGAAAAAUUGAAACUGUUUUUCUCUGCAUCUCCUUUUAGAGGGGCAGCCUUCUCGAAACUAUAUAAUGAAAUGGUAUUAUGACCAUUAGAAAUAUGCAUCAUUGUCACCACUAGCAUAUACAGUUUAUAGAACAUGUGCAGUACUCUAUUGUUUUUCCUGUUAUAUUUGAUCUACCUUCUUGCAUAUUUUGUCACAUCUGUGUUCUCCACAAAAUAUGCUUUACAGCACUGUUGAAGUACAUCUCUCCUGGUAAUGAUUAGUUAAUAGAUCACAUCAGGGAACAUUUCCUCUUGGCUGUUGUUGUACCUGUUAAGUUUAUAUUAUAUAAUGGGGUGGCAAGUUAAAUAUUAAGUACAUCAGAAUUUCAUGAAGAAUCUUGUGAGGUAUUAGGAAGUGUCUUGUAAACUUUAGGGGUCAUAAUUCAUAACUAUGACCUCUUAGGUUGAUUACUAUAUUUCCUCAAAUGGCUCUGUUGCUCUAUAUCUGUAUAUAUAUGAAGCCAUUUAUCUUAUUUUUUAAUUGGUUGGUAAAUUUAGCUAAUGUAGUUUACUUAAUGGUUUAUUGAAGGAAAAAAAAUAAUAUUUAUUUGCAAAUAUUGCAGUCAACUACUGCAUCAGACCCACACGUGUAGUACCUGUUAGUGUUCGUGGUAAAAUUUCAUGCUGCUACUGGUAUUUCAAAAUUUACUUUGCUUUAUAGCCUGUGCUGAAUAUAAUUAAAUACUGAAUUGUUGAUUAGCUAAAGAAAAUGAUUUGGCAAUUUGGUAUCAUUGUUUCUCUUAAUUUGUCAAAUAUCUGUAUUGAAUAUUUAUGUAUAUAGUGCAUGUUUUUGAAGGUUUAAAUACUUUGGUAAGGUACUUUAAUAAUAGGUCAAAACAACUUUAGUAAUUAAACAGUUUUAAAAUUGUGUUGCAUCAGCCCAAGGAACCGUUUCCUGUUGUGUUCAGGUACAGUAUUUGCAAACACAUUCUUUUAAAAAUAAAUUUUUAGGAUGAUUAACCAAAUGUAUAUUGCCUGUAGGUUACACUGGAGGAAGUGGUAAUGUGAUAUAUACUGCAUAUUUGUUUACUAUGAAAACUUUUGAACAAGACAUCACAUAUGUGGAGUGGUUUGUGAUAGAAUCACAAAGUAAACAUCUUUCAUAAGCUGAAAUGAUGCUUUUAAUAUGUUGCAGUAAUGGUUUGGUGAUGUGACUAGUUUUUUCACCUGGGAUGUAGGAGCUCUGAAGCAUGGACCCACCCGUGUGAGGCUGAGGAUCUAUCCAUGGGCCCCAGAGGUUUGGGGUUCAAGGUUCGAGUCUCCUAGAGCCCAGGUGAACGAAAUGUUUAUUACCACGGAAGUGUGGAUAACACUUCGAUGUAACUAGUGGUGAUGGUCCUAACACAAUCACACUUACAUUUGAUCACAACAGUUUAAUGUAUAGUAAUUAGUCCUUACUACUUCUGUUGUAUACAAGGAAGAAUUACAUUGAAGUUGUGUAGUUUAUUUCUCAAAUUUUAAUGAAAAUAAAUUCAGUUUGUGGCAAGGGAAUGUGAAAAUUUAUUGUAAAUUUGCUGCAGAGCUCUUGUAAUAUUCCUUUUAUUAUAUAUUUUUAAUUAAUCAUUAAUUCCUGUGAUAAUAAUGUAUUGUAUAGAAUAUAUUCAACAUCGUUGUGCAGUGAUAUUCAGAAUGUUACUGGGCAUAAGGCAAAGAGUUAACAAGCUCCUGCAUAUUUAAGAAAUGUAGUGAUAUUGCUUUUCUGGAUUGUGUGUAAACCAAUGUAGCUCGACUCCAAUUUUAAUUCAAGGUUAGUGUUUAUAUCUACAUACCAAUGAAAGUUUUACUUUCUGUUCUGCAAUGUAUAUUUUAAGACUUAGAACCCAAAGUAUGGUAUGUAUUAUAGUGCUUUGGGAUUCAUUACAUGUAUAUGUUGAAUUUUUUAAAAAUCUCAUUCCUGAUUGAGGAUGUAAAUUUAAUUAAAAGAAUAUUUAGAGCAAUAAAA